AUGUUAGAGAAAUUAAAUAAUGAUGGAAGUUCUUUACUUUCUUGUUUAUUGGUUAAUAAACAAUGGUGUGAACUCGUCAUCCCAACUUUAUGGAAAUGUCCAUUAAAAUAUUUUGAAAUCAAUAAUGAUUAUUUAAUUAGUAAAAGAAAAAGAAUUUUAUUAAAUAUAAUUCUAACACAUUUAUCAGAAAAAUCAAAACAACUUUUAAUCUUUCAUAAUAUCAGUAUCAUUUCAAAGGAGGAACUUAAUAAAAAACUUUCAUUUAAUUAUGUUAGAUUUUGUAAACAUAUUUGUGUUCAUAAUUUUUUAUUAAAUCAAGAUAUUUAUGGAGGUUUUUUAAGUGUCUUUCAAAUAGUUUUAUUAGAACAAGAAAUUUAUAAACUUUUUGUUAGUGAAUGUUCAAAUAUAAGAUACUUGGAUUUAGGGGAAGUAAGACAUGCAAUAUAUCUAUUUCCUGGAGCGGAAAUUUGUUUAUUAAAUCUAAAUGAAGUUGAUUGUAAAUCAUGUUUAGAAACAUCAUUAUUUUAUGGAAUGGCACAUAUAUGUAAAUUAAUAGAAAAGAUUUAUAUAGAAUUUAAAUAUGACAACAUUGGACUUGCUCAACUAAUUAAAUCGCAAAAACGAAUUAAAUAUAUAAAGGUAGAAGAGAUUACAAAUGAAGAACGUGAAAAAGAUGAUAUUGUUAAGGCUUUAGAAGAACAUGCAGAUUCAAUAAUUUAUCUAAAUUUAUCAAUACAAAAAACUUUUUCAUAUAUUUUAUUCCCAAAGUUUGUAAAUUUACAAACUUUAAUAUUAUCUGAAAGAAUGUAUGUAGAAAAUGAAAUAAUGAUGAAGAAUUUAUCAGUUGCGACAUAUCCUAAACUUCAAAUACUUGAACUUGAAUAUAUAUCAAUUCAUAUAGCAAUAAAGAUUAUUCAAAAUACAGGAGGAAAUCUUUGGAAAAUUAAAAUUAGAACCAUCAAAAUCACUCAUUCUAGAGAAUAUAUUCAGGCAAUUUAUAAAAAUUGUCCAUAUAUAAAAUAUGCUUCAAUAUAUUUAAAUAAUCAGAACUUGGAUGAAUUGGAAAUUUUUUUAACUAAAUGUCAACACUUGGAAGCAAUAGAUGUAAUUGUAAUAAAAGGUGAUGACAAAUUAAAAAGUUGUAAAUUUUUAGAUUUAUUGUUAAAAUCGGCACCAAAUAAUUUAUACAAAAUUCAUAUUGAUUAUAGAUAUUUUUCUAUAAAAUCCUUGAAAAAAUUUUUUAAUAAUUGGAAAGAUAAAAAAACUUUACAUCUAUAUGAUCAUACAAGUAAUUGGAAUUCAUUAAUUAAUAAAUACAAUAUGAAAGGAGUAGUUGGACAUAUUGAUUGUAGAGGUUUUUGGGAUGAUGAUAAUUCUACGGGUAUUAUAUGGAAUGAUAAAUAA